CUUCGAUUGACCAAAUCUGAAUUCGAAUCUAAGCCAAUCUCUGAAAUUACUACUGGCAGUAUCACCUUCAAAGUUACUCCACAAGUUUUCUCAUCAUCACUCUUGACUCUUGCCGUAUUCAACCAAGGACUUAAGUCCAAGACCCAUUAUGGAGUUUACACCAACAAGGACUUCAACGUCUAUGUUCCUAUUAGCUUCAGCUUCGGAUGGGACUUCAACACCCGAUUGUACACAUACGCAAUCAAGCCUGCCUUUGAACAAACCAACUUCCUCCAAUCAAACGCCAACUAUGCUUUCAUCAUUCCAAGCUACAUUGGAGCAACUAAAGUACGAGCCAUCACCAAGGAAAUCCAAUCUUUGGUACCUGCUUACAACCACCCUCUUGUUCAGUUCAAGAGCCGUGAAUUAGGUAUGAACUUGAACCUUGGCUUAUCCACUGAACGACCCUGGUUCAUUGACUUAACCGAGAUCCCAUGUGAAGGAACCGUUGCCUGGCUUUUGGAGAAAUACAAUGAAAUGAACCAAUUCAACAACAACAUCAACUUGACUCUUGUUCAAAAUGAGGAAUACCCAGCAUCUGGUUUUGUUGGUUCAUUCAGAUACGAACAAGACAUCGAUGGUGAAUACGUCGCUAUUGGUGAAACCAACCCAUCAGAAGAAACUAAUGCACGAAGAAUUGUACAAGAUUUGAUCCAACGAUACCCAUCCCGAAUCAACAACCCUGCAUUCUUUGCCCGAUCCAUCGAAUUCUACCUCGCUACUUUCGGACACCCAGAACCCACCGAAUUCAACUCAACCCUUACUUUAGGAUCUGCUAUUGACAACCAUGCCUAUUGGUUCAGAUUAAACUCAACCUUAGACAACAAAAACGAAGAUCUCUGGACCCGAUUUGCUCGAAUUGCUAUCAUUGAUGGUAAAGUAGAACGACCAGUUAUCCCAAGCGAUCUUUUAUGGAGAAACCCAGAAAAAUUCAUCGGUAACUACAUCGACAUUGCAUGGGCCAGUAAUGUUCGAUCAGAACAACCCGACUCUAACAUCUUGGUUAAAGGUGAACUCCGACGAUCACCACGAGACCCAGUUAUUCCUGAAAUGGAACGAGAAUCAUGGUUCCACAAACAAUGCAAAAAGGACAUCAAGCACGGUAAUGCCACCAACCACGCUUGUGAACGAGUUCUCGCUGAACAAGCAUACUUCAAUGUUGUCACCGGAAAGAUUGAAUUCCGAGAAGUCCAAGAACCUGUCCGAGAAUCAAUCCGAAAGGUCUACUCUGAACUUAAACGAUCCCUCAUGUACUACUGGAAGCCAUGGUCAAACAUCUCAUCUGAGAGAUUCGAAGGUGAACAAGAUGUUGUAACCUUUGCUGCAACUUACUCCAACAUCAUCUACAAACGACCAGUAAUCAGUUUCUUCGUUCAAACCCCAACUGAAAAGGUUAACUUCACCAAGAUCUUUGUUCCAGUUGCACUUUUCCCCGCAAUGCACCCAAUCAACUACCUUAAAGCUUCACCAAUGCCAAAAGACCAAACUUGUACCGUCAUGAAAAAUUCGGUCAGAACCUUUGACAAUGUCACUUACAAUACUUGGUUGGACGAAUGUGAAUUCGUUGUUUCCAUGGAUUGUUCACUAAGCAAGCAGUUCGCUGUUACCGUCAAAGGACAAGCUGGUAAACGCACCGUAAGAGUCUACACUCCACUCCAAAACUACUACAAACUCUAUGAUGUCAAGAAGGAUUCUGCUAGUUUAACUGUCAACAACCGUUUCGACCAACAACAAGGACCUGACUAUGUAUUAACACCCGGUAAACCCGCCAUUCGUUUAGACAUGUUACCAAACACACGAUACCAUGAAGCUCACCAAAUCUUCAUGCACGAUGGUGUUGUUAACGUUGUUUUACCCAAAGAAAAUGUUCGAGUUGCUUUCGAUGGACAUUACUUGAAGAUCACAACUUCACCUCUUUUCGUUGGUAAGACCUGUGGUCUUUGCGGUAACCAAGAUCAAGAAUUCUACCCUGAAUUCUUAGACCCUGGAAUGGUUAAUCUUGCAUCAAACCUCACCGCUUUCCGAGACUCAUACUCACUCCACAACUGCACUGACCCAAACCCAUGUCACGAUGACGUUUGUGAUGUUGACGCAAUGGCUCACCAAAGAAGAUCACCAAAGUUUCUUUCUGCCGGUAAAUCAGAAAAGAAGGCAUCUGUCCUCCCUGAGUUAAGAACCUUAGUCAUCAGAAAAGAAAAGGAAAUCUGUUUCUCUAAGUUCCCUGUAUACAUGUGCGAAAAGAACUUGAAACCUACAACAACUGAAUCCAAACAGAUUGAAUUGGUUUGUCUAGGUAUCAACUCACACCCAACUGUCCACUAUUGGGCUCAACAAGCUGAAAAACGUGUCAUUACUGAAGUUAUGGACUUAGAAAAGACUGAAACCUCAACUUACGACAAUCCAGCUAGAUGUGUAGCUGAAUCAGUUCGAGGAAUCUAAUAACUUCGUCCUCUUUCUGUUCACUGUUAGUCCCAUAAGACAAACGUAAAACAUUUACAAAUUUAUAAAUAUUACUGUAAAGUUGUUCUGAAAAGGCAUUUUACAAAAAAACAAAUCUUAAUCUAAAAAAUAAUUAUGAUUAAAUAAAGUAAUUAACAGAUUACAUUA